ACCGACACAUGGCGACUUCAUGCUGCUUGCGUUUUGAGCUCUCCCUCUUUCCCGUCUCUUCUUCUCAGACUAAGAGCAACUUCAGAGGAAUCAGAGUUCCCAUGGCUGCUGCAAGUUCCCAUCAAGAACACUCAAGUCGGCGCUUUCUUCGUCCUCUGGGAUUGAGACCCAAUGCUCUUGUCCCCAUUAAAGAAGGUGAGGAGAAGACACCAGCGUGCAGCCAAAUCCAAAACAACGAGAUUGCAACUCAACUGGGCAGAUCAUUUUUGUUUCAGCCUUCCACAAGUGCCAGCUUAGGAUUAAUCUCCUUCAUAGUAGGUCUGGUUUCUGGUUAUGCAGCUAAUCUGAAAGAUAAGGCUGUUGCUUAUGAACGUAUAGAAAAAAUGGGAAGGAAACUGAACGAGAAAGAAGCUUUAAUCCUUAAGCUUGUAUUUGAACUCUCUGAAGUUUCAGAGUUGCUGAAAAUCAAGCGUGAUGAUGAAAAGCAAAAAGUAGAACCUCUAUCCAGAGAGCUGAUGACCACAAAGGAAGAUCUGCAGAAAUCACAGGCUAAGCUCCAAAGUGCCUGCCAUGAACUGAGAGCUGCUCUGAAGGACAGUGCUAUGAUGCAGAAAAAGUUAGAUUGUGUCCAGAAAAAACUGAAAACUUCGGUGAAGGAUUUGAAUGUAGAGAAAAUGCUAGUUGCUUCUUUGAAGGAUGAUGUACAACUAUUGCAGAGUCAAAUGGUCAAAGAAAUACAGGUCAGAAGAUAUUUUGAACUGAACCUGAAGGAGGCUGCCAAAUCAGUAGAAGUAAUGUAUCAGAAAGCAAUGACCCUUUCUGAUAAACUAAAGAGGUUUAAUUCUCGCAUUGCUAGCCUUGAAGGUGAGAGAGAGCGUCUUCAUAAACUUCUUAAAGAUGAGAAAAGAACAUCCACACAGACCCAAAAAAAUCUCGAAGAUGCCCAGAAUCAGAUCAUGAAACUUGAGCAGGAGAGAGAGAAUUUAGAGAGCAAAGCAAAUAAACUUGAGGAGGAACUAGCUUCUGCCCAGGGUUGUGAGAUAAUUGAGCAUCAAGAAUCAGAAGUAGCUGGAAAUGAAGGCUAAAGUGAAAGCGAAGACACACGGAUAAUAUGCAGAGAACCAGUUUGUGUACAGAUGAGAGAUACUGAGACAGGUAUAGAUAUUAAGAAUUGAUUUGCUUACCUAUACAAGAACAGUUUUUGUUGUCCCAAAAGAGGAUCAAUAAAGUUUUGUGUUCC